AUGUGUGACAUCUUGCAAGUGCAGUUAACAGUACCUACUUUACGCUCCCCCGCCAGGAAGAGAUGGCACUGGGCCUUUAAAAUUCUCUAUACUGCCAGAGCAAUUCUAUCUUCUGCCAAGACGAUUGUUGCUGAAAACAAGACUGAGCUCUUGAGCAACUUUUCACGCUCUCGAUCUUAUACAGCAGUUGAUAUCGAACCAGAAUGUUUUUCGAGCAUCAGCAAGCCGACCUUGGCAAAACUCGUUCGAUUGAGAGACGUUGAAAAGCUCGAUCAGCUUGAUGGGGUGGAAGGAUUGCUUUCUACUCUCAAAUCAAAUCCUGAAAAGGGAAUACUAGGUGAUGGUAAGGACAUUGCUUCCCGACGCAAACAUUUUGGGACCAACACAUUUAAGAAGCCACCAAUAAAUCUAUUGCAAAUGCUGUUGAAGAGCCUCAAAGAUCCCAACAUCAUCAUUUUACUACUAUAUGCUGUUCUAUCCCUUGGUUUUGGCGUCAAAAAGCAGGGGUUGGAAGGAUGCUUUGAUGGGGGAAGCAUAUUAGUUGCCUUGUUUCUUGUCAUCAGUCUCUCAGCUUCUUGUAACUACUGGCAUAAACGGCAACUUUAUGAACUUUGCAGGCCUAUUGAAGCUGUCCCCAUUCUUGUGAUUAGAAACGGGAAGGACACGCAUAUCUCAUUAUCUGCAGCAGUUGUCGGAGAUGUCAUUGGCUUGAGAGCUGGAGAUCAGGUGCCUGCUGAUGGGCUCUACAUAGAUCAGAAUUCCCUGCAAAUUGAUGAAUCAACCAUAACAAGGAAAAAUGACCAUGUGGAGGUCAACAAUAGCAGCAACGUAUUCUUGCUAUCCGGUAGCAAAGUCUUGAGGGGUAAUGGUCGAAUGCUUGUCACAGCAGUGGGCAUGAAUACAGCAUUGGCAGAAAUCAUAACUCCAACUUGCUUCAAUCAUGAUCAUAAAUCACCUUUGCAAAAGAAAUUGCACAAAUUGACUUCACAUAUAGCAAAGGUUGGUCUGGCAAUCAGUUCAUUUAUUCUCAUAGUGCUGUUGGUCCGUUAUUUCUCAGGGAAUAUGCGAAACAAUGGCAGAAAGUUGUUCAGUGGAGGUAAAACGAGCAUACAAGAUGUAUGGAAAGCCGUUAUUGGAAUUCUAGCAACUCCAGUAGCAAUUUCAUCGGGAGCCAUUCCAGAAGGUUUGACACUAGCUUGUGCGUUAACUAUAGCUUACUCAACCAAGAAGAUGAUCGCUGAUCAGGCACUUGUCAGAAGUCUUUCAGCUUGUGAAGCAAUGGCCUCCGCAACAGUGAUUUGUACGAAUAAGGAAGGCGUACUGACUGAAAGCUCUCUGCAGGUCAGCCAAUUUUGGCUAGGCCAAAAAUAUAUUGGAAAAAGUACUUUCUCCUCAUUCGCACCAGAAAUUCUUGAUCUGCUUCAUGAGGGAAUGGCUCUGAAUAAUACCAAGAGCCAACCAGGAACUUCAUUUGAACACAUUGAGGAGCAAAUUCAAAAUGCAAUUUUGGCCUGGGGCAUCAAAAGCAUGAAGAUGGAUGUAGAACAACUGAAAAACAACCGUACAGUUGUCUACGGCGAAAGCUUCUCCUCAGAAUACCAAGGGCGUGUUUUGAUCAGGAGGAAUGCUGACAGCAGAGUCCAUAUGCACCACAAAGGAACUCCAGAGGCAAUACUGAGCAUGUGUUCACGUUACUAUAAGGAGACAGGGGAUAUCAAAGAUAUAAAUGAUGAUGCUAGAGCAACUUUGCAGCAAACAGUUACAACGAUGAAAAGGGAUGGUCUGCACUGUGUUGCUUUUGCAUAUAGAAGUGUGCCAGAAGAACAUCCGAUUGAUUGUGAAGGUCAUUUCCAUCCCAAGAUCAAAGAAGAUGAUUGGAUCUUAUUAGCAUUUGUAGGUCUGAAAGCUCCAUGUAGAGCACAAGCAAGGAAAGCUGUGAUGAACUGCCAAAAUGCUGGUGUGAACAUCAAAAUCAUUACAAAGGAUGAUAUCCACACAGCUCGUGCAUCAGCUGUCGAUUGUGGUAUACUUGAGCCUAAUCAUGACAUAUCCACUGGAGAAGUCAUAGAAGGAAAUGAAUUCCAAGAAUAUGCUGAAGAUGAAAGAAUGGAGAGAGUUGAAAACAUUCGGGUGAUCGCAAGAGCCUCAACAUUGGACAAGCUUCUGAUAGUGCGAUGCUUGCAAAAGAAUGGUCAUGUUGUUGCAGUUACUGGAGAAAGUGUGGGUGAUGCAGAAGCACUUAGAGAAGCCAAUGUGGGGAUUUCACUGGGUAAUCAAGGAACUGAUACCGCGAGGGACAGCUCAGAUAUUGUCAUCAUGGAUGAUAACUUUGCUUCCGUAGCCAGAGUUCUAAGUUGGGGAAGAACCACAUAUAACAAUGUUCAGGUAUUCACACAAUUCCAACUAACAGCAACUAUUGCUGCUUUGGUGAUAGACUUUGUGACAGCAAUUUCAGCUAGCGAGCCCGUGACCAUCAACAUUGUCACAGUAAUUUCAGCAGGCAAAGUUCCCUAUGCAAUGCUUCAGGUACUUUGGGUAAAGCUGAUGGUGGGCACAUUAGCAGCUCUGGCUCUCACUAUAGAUAAGCCUGGAACAAAGCUCAUGCAACAGCCACCAACUUACCAAAAUGAGCCAUUUAUAACCAAUAUUAUGUGGAAGAAUAUAGUGGGCCAAGCUCUGUACCUGAUCUCGGUUUUGCUGACCAUACAAUUCACAGGUGAAUCAACAUACCAAUUAAGUGACAAGGAAAAAGACACCAUGAUAUUCAACAUCUUUGUGCUUUGUCAACUCUUCAACAUAUUCAACAUGAGAAAGUAUGAAGGAGAUCUCCUGGGGGAGCUAAGAACAAAGAGGUUAUUUUGGGGGAUAGUGGGAAUGAUAGUCCUUAUCCAGGUUGCAAUGGUAGAAAUGCUGAAGAAGUUUGCAUGUACAGAGAGGUUGAAUUGGCAGCAGUGGAAAGUGUGCAUUGGGAUAGCUGCUCUGUCAUGGCCAGUUAGUUGGCUCAUAAAGUGCGUACCUGUUCCAGGAAAGCCUUUGUUUAGCUGUAGGAAAAACCAAAACUUUAGUUAUUCCAGAUUUGGAUCAAGUGCUUGGUUAUAG